AUGGGGGCGUCAGCCAGGGCCCUGCCCCCUCUGCUGCUGGCGGUGCUGCUCACAUCCUUCCCGGGGGCUCUGGGUGCCAACCCCGGUCUGGUGGUCAGGAUCACAGACAAGGGCCUGGAGUACGUGGCCAAGGAGGGGCUGGUGGUCCUGCAGAGUGAGCUGCUCAGAAUCACGCUACCCGACUUCUCCGGGGACUUCAACAUCAAGCAUAUUGGACGUGGGCAAUAUGAGUUCCACAGCCUGGACAUCCCCAGCUGUGAGCUGCUAAGCUCUGCUUUGACCCCUCUUCCCGGCCAGGGCCUGAGUCUGUCCAUCUCCGACUCCUUUAUCCGUGUCCAGGGCAAGUGGAAGGUGCGCAAGUCAUUCGUGAGACUACGGGGCUCCUUUGACCUGCAGGUCAAGGGCAUCACCAUUUCGGUCAACCUCGCCCUGGGCAGCUCGCCCUCGGGGAGGCCCACGGCCACAACCUCCAGCUGCAGCAGCCACAUCCGUGACGUGGAGGUGGACAUGUCGGGAAACUUGGGGUGGCUGCUGAAUCUCUUCCACAGCAAGAUCGAGUCCAAAUUCCGAAAAAUAUUGGAGAGCAAGAUUUGUGAAAUGGUCCAGAAAUCGGUGACCUCUGACCUGCAGCCUUAUCUCCAAACUCUGCCAGUCACAACAGAGAUUGACAGUUUCAUUGGCAUUGAUUACAGCUUAAUGGAGGCGCCUCGGGAAACAGCCCAAAUGCUGGAUGUGAUGUUGAAGGCUGAAAUUUUUAACCUUGAUCAUCGCUCCCCAGUUUCCUUCCUGGCUCCUGUCAUGAGCCUUCCUGAGGAAUACAACCAAAUGGUCUACUUUGCCAUUUCUGAUUACGUCUUCAACACAGCCAGCCUAGUAUAUCAUGAGGCAGGGUACCUGAACUUCUCUGUCACAGAUGAUAUGGUUCCACAAAGCUCUACCAUCCGACUGACCACCAAGUCCUUCCGUGCCUUCAUCCCUCGGUUAGCCAGACUCUACCCCAACAUGAACUUGGAGCUCCAGGGAAGAGUGGUCUCUGCCCCUGUCCUGAACUUCAGCCCUGGGAAUAUCUCCUUGGCCCCCCAGAUGGAGAUUGAGGGCUUUGUGCUCCUGCCAAACUCUGCCAAGGAGUCUGUCUUCCAGCUUGCAGUGACCACUAACUUGUCCGCCAUGGUGACCUUCAACACCAGCAGGAUCACUGGGUUCCUGAAGCCAGAAAAGAUACACGUGGAAGUGAAAGAGUCUAAAGUUGGAGUAUUCAAUGUGGAGCUGUUAGAGGCGCUGCUCAACUACUACCUUCUAGACACCCUCUACCAGGAGGUCAAUGACAAAUUGGCAACAGGUUUCCCCCUUCCUCUGCUACAACGUAUUUGGCUCUACGACCCUGUUCUCCAGAUCCACAAGGACUUCCUGUUCUUGGGUGCCAACAUCCAGUACAAGAGAGACUGAGGGCCAGGAGACAAACGAGGCUCGGGGGACAGCAAGGCUUGA